GCUUAAAACAAGAACAAAUAUCUCAAUGGGGUAUGAAUACUUUCCCCUUUGAAUUAAGUUAAUUUAAAUCAUUAAUACUUCAUUUUGAUCCAUUUCUCAGAAAACAAGAUUUCCAAUUUAUGUCAUUUUACUUCUAAAGUAAAUGUAUCUUGGUUUAAGAACCUUUAGACAUUUGUACUGGAAAAUAGACAAAUAUACUGAUAAAGAACAUUACUUUUUUUGUAGCGUUAUCAGAAGGUACAGUAAAAGUUAUUUCUAGUGGUUGGGAGCAAAUGCAUUCGAGUCAUAAGCUUAAAUAAUUUACAUUUAGAGACCAUAAUGAUGUUUUGUGUUCCAUUCUAUUUAUUCCUUAUAUUUUGUUUACUUGGUCUUAAAAAAGCUUAAAUCCUGCAGAAACGGUGUAUAAUUUUUGUGUUCAAGCUAUUAUUAACCGUGUAAUCCAAAAUAUGCACCAUGGGAGGGGCUCUUCCAUGGCAAAUGCCUUCCUAAUCUUGGGAGAAACUCCUUAAAAAAAGUGAUUGGUUGCAUAUGGUGUGUAUGUCGUCGUUUGAUUGGCUGAACAGGUGCACUAUUGCACCUAGUAUCAUAUGACUACACCUGCACUCACCCUACCUGUUUGACCUGACUGGAGCGCACCAAAAGUCCCGCCCACCUUCCCCAGGUACUGCACAUUUGAUAGCGGAACUGCCAGGCUAAAUAACAAGGCCAGUUCCUUGUACAAACAAGUGAACUGUCCACCAUAAAUGGUGGGGUUUCAUUCGUACUUAUUACUGUUUCUCUGCUAUUUCCGCUGAGGCAUACAGGAGGACCUUUCAUUCUCAGAUUUCCUUGGAAUUGGUUGAGAUACUGACUCAUGCAGCACUAAUCUAAAUUAGUGAAGGAAGAUCUGCUUACAGGAGUGACAGAAUGGGGUCUGAUGAGGCCUACAACUUUGUUUUCAAAGUGGUUCUUAUUGGAGAAUCUGGCGUUGGUAAGAGCAACUUGCUGUCACGGUUCACCAAGAAUGAGUUUAAUCAUGACAGCCGGACGACAAUCGGAGUGGAGUUCAGCACAAGAACUGUCCAGCUAAACGGCCUCACCAUCAAAGCUCAGAUCUGGGACACUGCUGGACUGGAGCGGUACCGGGCCAUCACUUCUGCAUAUUAUCGAGGAGCGGUUGGAGCUCUUCUAGUUUAUGACAUUUCAAAGCACUUGACGUAUGAAAGUGCUGAGCGCUGGCUGAAGGAGCUCUAUGAUCACGCAGAUCCGCAUAUGGUAGUGAUGCUUGUGGGCAACAAAACGGACCUGGCAGCAGUACGAUCUGUUCCAACAGAGGACGCAAAGGACUUUGCAGAAAAGAAUGGUCUUCUGUUCAUGGAAACCUCUGCUUUGGGGUCAGUAAACGUCGAGGCAGCGUUCAACACUGUGCUUACAGAAAUCCAUAAAAAGGUGAGCAGCAAAGAAGUGACCCGAGGCUCUAUCAAUGCUGUGACAUUAUCCCAGCCUAAAGCUGCAGCAGAUGACGCACAGGAGGAAAAGAAGGCCUGCUGUAAGAAUCUGUGAAAGAACAUUCCGUGUAGAAGGACUUCACCGGGGCCUUAAAGAGUUGUGAAUUCAGCUUGUACAGUUAUCAUUUACGAAAGAACAAGUAUGAUAAAAAACUAAAGGAAAUCCAUUUCAUUGACUGACAUAGCCAUAUUUGUAUCAUUAAAUAUUAUGUAACAAGUAAAAUGCAUUUUAAUGUUUGUGAGGUUUAACAAAGAUUAAUGUCAAUUUGAAUUAAUUUUAAUGUGUUUUCCCUAAAUGUUACCUCUCAGUAGGAGAUUUUUGUUUAUAUUAUUUAUGAAAUGUCAUGCCAAAUGUUUUUUUUUUUUACUUUUAUUAAUUUAACAAACUUAUUUUAUCCAAAGAAAAUUACAAAUGAAGAAUACAACAAGCUAUUCAUUGUACUUAAGUUAUGAAAUCAACAGAUGCUGGUGGAAUAACUUUAUCACUUUAAUAAGUGUAUUAGAUACAUAUUUUUCGAUUUGCAUGUUCAUGCUCACUAUUUAGUUUUUAAUUUGAUUUAUUCAACACACCUAAUGAACCCCACAUAUGAUUAAGAAAAUAAUUUUUACUAUUUAAAACCAAUCAGCACUAAUUAAAUAUUGUGUGUAAUUACAAUCUAUAUAUAAAGCAUUUCUAAACAAAGUGUUGAUUUGUAUCUUCAUAGAUGAAUGCUAAUGCUUCAGGUAUUAGCAGUUGCUGCUGUUAACACAGCAUAAAGAAAAUAUAUACAGCAUGUCAUUUUCCAAUAAGAAGUAAAGCAGAAAUAUGUAUGAAAA